AUUAAUUAUGUCUUCCUCUCGAACACAACCCUCUUCUUCUUCUUCAGUUUGGCAACUCCAAUACAUGAAGCUCCACUUCUUCACCAAGAUUCGUUGUCUUUUGAAAUCCAAAGCAUCAUCACGGAAACGUAAUCUUCAAGCCUUACCAGAGAAAUCAAGAACCUAUCAAGAUUCCGAGAAAGUGGCGGCGCUUCCGGAAGCAAUAGUACUAAAACCACCAGAAGAUGAGAAUGACGAGGUUGUGUUGCAGAAAACUGUGAAGAAGCUUCACUUUGGAAGCUGGGAAGAGAAGGAGAAAGCUGCCAUCGAGAUCGAGAAACUUGCCCGAGAAGACAAGAAGACUCGGAAGCUCAUGGCUGAACUCGGUGUUCUUCAAGUUCUUGUUUCUAUGGUCGCUUCCGAUGUUUCCGGUCAUCAGAAAGCUGCCGUCAAUGCUCUUAUUCAGCUUUCUCAUGGAACCUACACGAACAAGGCGCUGAUGGUGAACGCCGAUAUAUGCUCAAAGCUACCCAAAAAUGUCGAAGUUCUCGACCAAUCAACAAGACAUGGCUUUGCGGAGCUUCUGCUUUCACUGUCUUCUCUAACAAACACACAAUUACCAGUAGCUUCAUCACAUAUUCUACCAUUCUUAAUGGACACAAUGAACUCAGAUUCAACAGACAUGAAAACAAAAGAGAUAUGUCUAGCCACCAUAAGCAAUCUCUGCCUUGUGUUGGAAAACGCAGGACCAUUGGUCUUAAACGGGGCAGUGCAAACACUCCUAAGGCUAAUGUCAACUAAAGACUUAUCGGAGAAGGCGCUAGCGAGUCUAGGGCAAUUGGUGGUAACUCAAAUGGGUAAAAAAGCAAUGGAGGAUUGUUUGAUUGUUCCCAAAGGUUUGAUAGAGAUUCUAACAUGGGAAGAUAAACCGAAAUGCCAAGAAUACUCGGCGUAUAUCUUGAUGGUAUUAGCUCAUCAGAGUUGGAGCCAGCGCGAGAAAAUGGCCAAGGCAGGGAUUGUGCCGGUACUUCUUGAAGUGAGCUUACUUGGGAGCCCUCUAGUUCAAAAGAGGGCAAUGAAACUAUUGCAGUGGUUCAAGGAUGAGAGAAAUGUACGGAUGGGUCCUCAUUCGGGUCCACAAACGGGUUGGAUGAGUCCUGGGAUGGGAUCUCCAAUGAGCCCAAGGUCAGGGGAAGAAGGUAGGAAGAUGAUGAAGAAUCUGGUGAAACAGAGUUUGUACAAGAACAUGGAGAUGAUAACUCGACGAGGGAAUGUGGAUAUGGAGAGUGAAAGUUGUAGGCUUAAGUCUUUGAUCAUCAGCACAAGCUCUAAAAGCUUGACUUAUUGAUCUUUAUUUUGUGUUCUGAGAUUGCCAUAUAAAGUGAUUAGUGAGUG